CAUUAUCAUACAAGCAAUCUAUAUCUUAAAUACAAGACUACAUAUAAUAAGGACAUAACAACUAUAGUAACACUAAGGUUUUGAGCAAAACCAACAAAAUUUUAAGAGCUUAAAAUGGACAAUCUUCCACCAUCUUCUAGUUCAUCCAAUGCUCAUUUUGUUGAUAUACAAGAAGUAUUAUCAGCAGAAGAUCAAGCAACAUCCAAGACAACGGUACAGCGGGCCGAAAAACGAGGGAGGCCGAAGCCUGUGAGGUUUCAAGAACAAGCAAGAAGGCCAGAAAAAAGAAGUUUUAGUAGACAAGUAUCUCUUGAAACAGGAUUUUCUGUUUUGAAAGGGAAACAAAAUGAGAGAAUUGCACUUAGUAGGAGUGGAAGAAGUCUUGGUGGAAUUGGUUCAAAAAGUAAUAGUGGAGUUGCUGUUAGUGAAACAAAGAAGGGAGAUUUUAAUAUGUUUAGGACAAAAUCAACUCUUAAUAAACAAAAUUCUAUGUUGCCUUUGAAAAAAGAAAACAAUGAAGUUGAUUAUAAUCAGAGGAUUAAUAAUAAUAACAAUAAUAAUAAUGGGACUCAAGAGGGAGAAGAUCCUGUUAAUAAAAGUGUUCCUGCUGGAAGAUACUUUGCAGCUCUUAGAGGUCCUGAACUUGACCAAGUCAAGGAGUACGAAGACAUUCUGUUGCCGAAAGAUGAGACAUGGCCGUUUCUCCUCCGAUUCCCAAUAGGUUGUUUUGGUAUAUGCCUUGGUCUGAGCAGCCAAUCCAUCUUAUGGAAGUCAUUAUCAACCAGCCCAGCUAUUAAGUUCGUUCAUGUUACGCCUUACAUUAACCUUGUACUCUGGAUCUUAUCCCUCUUGAUUCUCUUGUUGGUUUGUUUCACUUAUAUCCUCAAAUGCAUUUACUAUUUUGAAGCAAUCAAAAGAGAAUAUUUCCAUCCUGUUAGAAUCAACUUCUUCUUUGCUCCAUGGGUUGUAGGCAUGUUUAUGGCCAUAGGAGUACCCCCAAGCAUAGCACCAAACACCCUUCACCCGGCUAUCUUUUGUGUUUUUGCAAUACCAUUAUUCGCACUAGAGCUUAAGAUCUAUGGCCAAUGGCUUUCCGGAGGAAAAAGGCGAUUAAGCAUGGUGGCUAACCCAUCUUCUCAUCUUUCAAUUGUCGGUAACUUUGUUGGUGCUAUUUUAGGAGCCAAGGUGGGGUGGAAAGAGCCUGCAAAGUUUUUGUGGGCAGUGGGUUUUGCACAUUAUCUUGUGCUGUUUGUUACUCUUUAUCAGAGGUUGCCUACAAGUGAAGCAUUACCUAAGGAGCUACACCCUGUUUACUGCAUGUUUAUUGCAACCCCGGCCGCAGCUAGCAUUGCUUGGGAUGCUAUCUAUGGUGAAUUUGAUGGUUUAUCAAGGACUUGCUACUUCAUUGCCUUGUUUCUCUAUAUCUCACUUGUUGUUCGACCCAAUUUCUUCACAGGCUUCAGGUUUUCAGUAUCAUGGUGGUCAUAUACUUUCCCAAUGACAACUGCAUCAAUCGCUUCAAUUAAAUAUGCGGAGCAGACACCCUCGGUAGGAAGCAAAGGUCUAGCUUUAUCACUCUCAUUUAUGUCGUCUACAAUGGUAGCCAUACUACUCGUCUCAACCCUUCUACAUGGCUUUGUCUGGAAAACUUUGUUCCCAAAUGAUCUUGCCAUUGCCAUAAAAAAGAGAAAGCAAGGCAAGGAAAACAUCAAGAAGCCUUCUAGAAAGUCAUAUGACAUACGACGAUGGACAAAGCAGGGUCCUCUCUCCCUCGUUUCAGCUAUGACCAAGAACAACUCAUGAGCAAAGGUCGCGAUGUCGACGGAUCCUUAGACGUUAAGCAUGAGGUCAAUAUGUAGUUAAAGUCUUUAGAUGUGGAACUGUAUAACCUUUAUGAAUGAGCAAAAAUUGAACUAAAACACAUGGCAGAUGACAGACACAUCAUAAUAGGAAAUUGUCUGGAAAUAUUUCUUGAAGAGAUAAUUUCCUUAAAUGAUUUUUGUUCCUAUUGUUGAAAGUAUACAUCCUUGUAUCACAUCGACAUUUCCUGAUAAAGAUUGUACUGGAUUAAUCUAAGAAU